CAUUCCCCUGCCAUUGGGUACUAGGCUCCCGUGGAGAGUGGAUGUGUUCGAAUUGUAGAACGAUUCAGCUCCUCGGGGGACGUUUCCAGUGUUCACUAGAUCGUACGAAGUCGUGUUUAUACCCGGAUUUUAUGUGGUUUGAGAAACAUAGUGAUUUUAUCAAAAUCGAAGGAGAUAAAGACAAUUGAUUUGUUUUGUUAUCAAAAUGAUAAAGUCCACGUAGAGAUAGGAGAGUAUACACUUGACUAAGUUCUAGGUUUUUUUCUUCAUUUCGAAAGUUAUUUUGCUGUUUCUGUACUGUAUGUGAACUUGUAAGGGACUGUGUGUUGUUUGAAGUUGUAUAGCUGUGCGAUUUUGUUUGAACGAUGCGUGAAGUGUUUGGUGUUGUUAGUGGUGGCAGCAGCCGCAAAUUAGACAGGCCUACACGUAGUGGGGUACCGGAAGUUGAUAUGAAGAAGUCCACAAUCCCUGGGUAUCUGGAACUGCCUCCAGAGAAGAUGGAGCGAUUAAUUUGCCACGAACCCAUCGAGAUGUUUUACGAGGUUGAGGAGCAGCCAUUUGCAAGGGGGAAGUACGCAGCUGUUCGCCGUUGCAAACACCGAUCCAGCGGGCAACAGUUCGCAGCCAAGUUUUUGCGCAAGCGCCGUCGAUCGGCGGACCUGCGGCCCGAGAUCCUGCACGAGGUGGCUGUCCUUGACGCCUGCGCCUCGUCAUCCCGCAUCGUACGCCUGCACCAGGUGUUCGAGUCUGCGCAUGAGAUGAUCCUACUGCUCGAGCUCGCCUCUGGAGGCGAGCUGCAGAUGCUACUGGAUAAAGAUGAAGUGCCUGAGGAGAGACAAGUGAAGAGGCUGAUGCAUCAAAUCCUGGAUGGUCUCGUAUACCUCCACUCAAUCAACGUGGCACACCUGGACAUUAAGCCCCAGAAUCUAGUACUGAUGAGCGAGUUCCCACACGGCGAAGUGAAGCUGUGUGAUCUUGGAAUCUCGCGCUACAUCAGUGAGGGUGCGGACAUCAGGGACAUACUGGGCACACCUGAUUAUGUUGCUCCAGAAGUGCUGAACUAUGAAUCCAUUAGCCUGGCCACAGAUAUGUGGUCUGUUGGAGUCUUGCUGUAUGUGCUUCUGACUGGUUGUUCCCCUUUUGGUGGCGAUACUAAGCAAGAGACAUUUUGUAACAUCUCACAGUGCAAACUCGACUUCCCUGAGGACUUAUUCGAGGAUGUUUCUGAGGAUGCCAAGGACCUCAUGCGGAAAUUAAUGGUCAAGGAGCCAAGGGAGCGACUGAGUGCCAUAGAAUGCCUCCAACAUCACUGGUUCACAGACACUGAGAAGAUGACUGUGCAACCCGUGCAAACGCCUGUCAGGUGUUCUGAAAUCAUAACUGCCAAGAUGGAAGAGGUUCGAAUUGUCAAGUUGUCAUCUCCUACCACUUCCAGAAAACAAGACGACAUCACAAGCCAAAUUCUGUCUAGCCAUGGAAUGACAGUCACUUGUAAAACAUCACCAACAAAUGUCACUAGUGUUCAUAGGCCUAGGGAGAGUAGUGUGCCAAUCACAAAGAGCUCAGACAUCUGUUCUGUCACAUCUCAAGGAGGGAAGACACCAGAGAAAGCAGGUAUGAGCUUCUCAAGAAGAAGCCGUUUCAUUAAGAACAUGGAAAAUUUGGCACAAAGUUACAGUGACCUGACCAGCACUGAAAACCACAACAUAAUCGAUAGUAAAUGCACAUUAGAGAAGAUGGACAGUGCGUUAUAUUCCACCAGUGGCCAAGGUAAGGGUUCGACUGUAAAUGAAUCUGCAAAUAUUGCCUGUAAGGUUGAGAAUAAUACCAGUACGUACAUAAAUGUACGAUCAGUGAAUAAAGCGACUGCCAUGCAGACAAUGCCAGUAAGUGGCAUCAGUAGAUACAGAUUGAGCCAUCCGUUAACUGACACAGAAACAGUUGCAAAACAAAGACAGCAGAAUCAGAACAUCCCCCCUAAGACAGAAGAUGAAGUCCCAAGAAGGAUUAUGGACAACAAAGACUGUGUAUACACAUUUAGAAGAUGUUUCAUUAUUGAUGAUUCAGAAGAUGAAACAGCAGUUGGUAACAGCACAGCUCCUAUAUUGAUCCAUGGAUCGGUACCGACAUCAGAUAAUACGCAUUCAUACUCUGACCACUCGAGCAGUGAUUCAGGAAGUGACACCGUUAGUGAGAUGUCCAUAGAUUCAUCAAGUGAUCGAUCUAGUAUAAUCUCACUGGAUGAUUCCCUUCUAGAAUAUAAUUAUUCCAAAAUAAAUGGACGUCCUUAUCCUGCAGGAAAUUAUGUUUCAUAUUCAUCAGCAAACAACAAUGUCUGGUACUCAGCAGGAACGCUGAAUGCCCCUAGGAAUGAAAGAGCAGCAAGGUAUUCAUGUAGUGAAACGUUUUCCAAGGCAUUUGCCCGCUUCAAUUCGGUUUCUGGUGACACACAAGAAACAGCAAUGAAUAAAACUGAAGAGAGAAGCAUAUUUGCACGUGCACCACGUAAACAAUACGCCAAAGCUGCGCACACAUCUGUUUUGAAUAAGGUUCUUGUAUCAUCCAUAAGCAAUGACAACACUUCAGCAGUUCGGAAGGUUGAUUUCUUGCGAGAGCAUAACGGGAACAUUGUGGUCAUCAGGGAAGUGAAAGCAGGGAAAUAUAACAGAGUCAGUGAAGUUAAAUGCGAGUCCGUGCAGUCACGAAUCAGGAAACUCCAAGUCCAAGGAGCAAAACCAUAAUUGGCAUAUGAUGCAGUAAUAAUGUUUUAAGUAUUGUAUUAGGGGCAAUCUCUUUGCAGAGGAAUUGUAUUGAAAUGUCAUCACGUAAACAGGCAAACAUAUUUAUGAAAUUCUGUUUUACACUUAUGAUAAGGCUUCAUAUUUAUAAGUACAACUUUUUUAUAUCUUAUUAGAAUUUCUUUUGUACAAAAACAGUUUGAAUUUUUAGAAAACUUUAUCAUAUUUAAUAAUUUUAACAUCCUGAGGCAUACAUGUACAUAGAACAAAUUAGUUUGCAGAUAGAAAUGAAAUAUCUGUGUUAUUUAACUGAAGCCUGAUCAGUUCCAAUGAUAUUAUCAUCAUACAAUCCUUUUGUUCUUUUGUAUAUGCGUAUUUGCUCAUAACUCCAGGAUUUCAGCGUGUUGCAGUAAUUGAAACUGACCCUAUGAUAUAAUUUGGAUCUUUGCAUCAAGAACAUUAUGGGAUACAAAAGGAUUAAAUUUGUAUGUAAUGGCUGAAAUAAUUUGCCCAUUGAUCAGAGAGAUGAUAACUGAUGUGUCCUGUAUAUUCCAUGCUGUAAAUGCUAGUCAUAUUGAAAUAUUUUGUAUUUGUAUUCCAGAAUGGACCAAUAUUUAAAAUAUAUUAUCCCAGUGCUCUUAUUAAGAAAGACUUACUUAUUGCAAAAGUUAUUUACAUCGUAUACUAUGUGUGUAUAUAGUAAUAUGUAGCUGCAUUUAUAGUACAUCGAGAUUGCAUGAUUCGAGUUCCUACGUGCAAUAAUUUAAUUAACUUGCUCAUCAUGUAAUGGUGCUUUAAAAUUCAUAAUGUUAUAAAUAUUGAGUCCAAAAUUUUUUGAAUAUUUUAUAUUUGUCCAGCUAUUUUGAAAUGGAAUUUCAUACAGUAUAUUUUAUAAUGAGAAUAAUGUGUGAUGUUUAAAAAUUUGUAUCAAAUAAUAUACAAACAGUGACUUGGAAACUUCAUAUUUAUGUACAGUGUGUCCUUGCAUUAUGGAUGUAUGUGUUACAGAAUUUUCCGUUUGUUGAAGUUGUAGAAUAGCCCAUACAAUUCAUGACGCAGGCCAUGAAUUUAUUCGUUCAAAAAUUUGUAAUAAAUGUUAAGAUUUAUUUAAAAAACAUAAUGCAUGAUGACAUUAAAUUCAGUGUGAAGUAUUUUUUUUAAAGAAACUCUGUUUGUGAUGAAAUUCACAUCAUGUACUCACACAUGUUAGUGUCAUGGGGAAGGCUGCUAGCAUGUUUCGCUAUUCCUGUUUUAUUUUUAAUUGUGCAGUGCUUCACUCUUAUUUCAUUGUGGAGAGUAAAUUUUUUAAGUUUUCAAUAUAAUUUUUGGUACAUGGUGUUAUUUCUGAUAGGUAAUGAAACUCUGUUUUUAUUAUGCUUGUAGACUGAAAAUUUUCUGUUAGAACACGCAACACUUGUAACAGGAAUGAAUUGAAAAAUUAGGUUUGUGUUACGGAGUUUCAGAACACAUCCUGCCCCUAAUGCUGAGGCAUGCUGUACUUAUAUUUGUCCAGCUAUUUUCAAAAUGCAAUUUCAAAUAAACAUAUUUUUUAAUCACAUACAGUGUGUGAUGUUUAAAAAUUUUGUAACCAGUUUUACGCAAAUGGCUAUUGGAAAACUUGAUAUUGUGUACCUUAAAUGUCAAGACUUUUUCCUGGCAACUUAUUUAUCAUGUAAGACAUUUUUAACGUUCUAUGUGCCAAUGCUGUGUGGAAGCUAAAGAUUUCAUGCUGCUGGGAUAGAUAUCCAUUGUACAUGCUGUAGGCAGGCUAAAGUUGAACUGUGUGUUGUGUUCCUUUGUGUAUUUAAUACUAUGUAUGUUCAUUCACAGUUGAUAAUUGUGUUGCAAUAAGUGAUUUGUACAUUCUUAUAAUUAACAAUGAAAAACUUAAUUAAAUUUUUAUUAAAAAUCAA